AUAAUAGCAAGGAAACGCUCGCCUGAAUACUUCGGAAGAUAUUUCACGUUUGGAUUUGUGAAGGAUUAGUACAAAAACACUAAUCCAUACUAAUUAUCUACUCAUACCCAAAGUGAACGGCGGCGUUUGUCUUUUUGUGUUUUUCUUUUGAUUCUCUCUUUCUUUAAAAAGACAAUUUAAAAGAAACACAGAUUUCAAAAGCUUUGCUGGCUUGCUUGCAUUUUUCUUUUUUUUUUUUUUUUUAUUUUCGUUUUUUUUAAGGUAAAAAAAAUAAAAAGUUGAUACACAUCAUCUUUUCUUUCUUUCUUUCUUACUUACCUACCCUUUCGCUCUCCCGUUUUUGCCGAACUGAACUCUUCUUCUCUCUUUGAACUGACUCGUUCAACAAACUAAUAUUUCCUUUUCUUGUUUGUUUACCUGUCUUUUCGUCUCCUAUUGUUUCGGCUUUUUUAUUUUAUAACUUAGAAAAAUAAAAUAAAAGGAUUGAAACAAGUACAAGGACGUGCGACUCUCUCUUUUUCAUUAAAACGCAUCUUGUAGAAUUUUUUCCAUUUCUCGCUUUGCGUUGUUUGAUCCGUUCGUCUCUUUCGGUUCUUUAUAUUUUGUUUUCUAUAUUCCCCCUUUUUUGUAAUCAGCUUUUUCUUUUUUUUAAUUGCUUCACUCUUUUACCACAAUUUCUCAUUCUUUGAUUUUCCUAUCGUUCCUUUCGUUUUUUGCAUUGUAUUCUGAAAAAAAAAAUUAACCGUAUCUUGUUUAUUUUUCGGUUUCAGUUGUGCCCAUAGUUUCUUGACUUUUUAAUUUUGCAUUUCCUUUGCUUUCAACACUUUUGUUUAUACAACCGUUGAGGCUUUGUUGAUUUUUGCUCUUCUUAGUUCUUAUUACCAGUCUUUCGAUCUAUGGUUAAGUUCUUUCCUCACAUCUAGGAUUCUCUUUCCGCGACAUUUUGUAACAACUCAAAGACGAGUUUGUCUCAAUUUGUAAACAUUUCUCUAUUGUAUUAUUCUCUCUCUCUCUCUCUCUCUUACUUAAUCUUUGCUUUUUUACUUUCUUUACGCUUUUUUCUAUCUAAUAAUCCUUUGAUUAGCUCUUCCUAAUGUACCCAUAUCAAAGAUCCGAGGAUUCUUCCGCUUCUUCUCUUCAUGGAGCAAGCGAGGAAACUCCUAUCAACUCCAAUUAUGGUUCAGAGGCUUAUUACGGCGGUCGCCAUACACUAUCGCCCAACAUCAAUCCGUUUAUCAAUGAGCAUGAACAGGAUGAUGCCUAUUCUGAUAUCCUCGAAGAAGUUCCCAAUGAGGAUGUUGCCUAUAAUUCUCCAGAGAGACCCAGCUCUGAAGAGUUCGUCUCCCAAGACGAGUCUAAUGUCUCCGCCGGCAGUUCUUUUAUGUUUCCCUACAACCGGGGACAUCCCUUGGCUAAGCGUCAUGAUUCUAUUAUGGUCGACGAAUUUGGCCAUGAAUACAUUGUCGAAGGUGAAAGCAUUGCUUCCACCGACGAAGCAAUAGAUUACGAUGCUUUGUAUGCUUCUUGGACUGCCGAGAAUAAGGCUCCCAUCCUUGCCCUCGACAUUGAGAAUAUCUUCAUCGAGCUUGCCAUGAAGUUUGGUUUCCAAUGGGACAAUAUGAGAAAUAUGUUUGACUAUCUUAUGGUCAUGCUUGAUUCUCGAUCCUCCCGUAUGGCUCCUCAAGAUGCAUUACUAUCCUUGCAUGCUGAUUACAUUGGCGGACCUCAUGCUAAUUUCAAGAAAUGGUACUUUGCUUCCAGAAUGGAUCAAUUCGAUUUUGCCUCUGGUGUGCCUUCGUUCAUUUCUCGUGAUCCUUCUAAUCAAACGCCCGCCUCAGAUCUCUCUGGUGUAAAUGCUCUUUGGAUUUCUCGUAUGGAUGAACUGUCCAAUUAUGAGCGUAUAGAACAAUUGGCUCUUUAUCUUUUGUGCUGGGGUGAAGCCAACAAUGUUCGUUUUAUGCCUGAGUGUCUGUGCUUUAUUUAUAAAUUAGCCUAUGAUUACCUGAUUUCUCCUCAAUACAAAGAGCAAAAAGAUCCUGCGCCUAAAGAUUAUUACCUUGAUCAUUGCAUUACUCCUUUAUAUAAUUUGCUGCAUGAUCAACAAUACGAAAUUCGCAACCAAAAGUACGUUCGGAAAGAAAAGGAUCAUGCUGAAAUCAUUGGUUAUGACGAUGUCAAUCAAAUGUUUUGGCAUUCUAGUGGCAUAAAGCGCAUCAAGCUUCUUGACGGUUCAGGAAUCAUGAAGGCUCUUCCCGCUGCCAGGAUUCACUUGCUUGAUCAAGUCCAAUGGAGUCGCGUUUGUUACAAAUCCUUUAGAGAAUCUCGUACUUGGUUACAUUUUAUAACCAACUUCAACCGUAUUUGGAUUUUGCAUUUCUGCGUCUUUUGGUACUUUACUGUUCAUAACUCUCCCACUAUUUACACUCGAAACUUCCACUACUUAGAAAAUACCCAACCUGCUCGUGCCGCCCAAUGGUGUGCACCUGCUCUUGCAGGUGCUGUUGCCUCCUUCAUCAACUUUUUGGCACUUUUGCUCGAAGGUUAUUUCGUUCCUAGAAGAUCUCCUGGUGCCCAAGCGGUCUUGCCAAGAUUAGCAUUUGUAGCUGUCUUGCUUGCUUUGAAUAUUAUUCCUGCCGUUUUCAUUUUUGGAUUUUCCAACGACAGGCAACAACAUUACAAAAGUCGUGAAAUUGUUGGUUAUGUUCAUUUCUUUUUCUCUGUUGCUUGUGUUGCCUAUCAGACCUUUGUACCUUUAUCUGGAUUGUUAGGUCCAAGAUUUAACCGCGGAGGCUCUAGAAAGUACCUUGCUAGUAAAUAUUUUACCAACAAUAUUGUAACUUUGCCGUGGCGCCGUUUCCUUUUGUCUGUGUGCUUAUGGGUAACGGUUUUUGUUGCAAAGUUUGUUGAGUCUUACUACUUUCUUACUCUUUCGGUUCGUGAUCCUAUCCGAUUUCUUCAAAGAAUGAAACCCUAUGAUUGCUAUGAUUAUCUGAUUGGCUCAAGUCUGUGUAAGUACCAACCCAAAUUUUUAUUGUCGCUUGUUUAUCUCACCGACUUGGUUUUAUUCUUCCUUGAUACUUAUCUAUGGUAUAUGCUUAUUAGUACAAUUUUCAGCAUUGGAUAUUCCUUCUCAAUUGGUUCUGCCAUCUGGACUCCUUGGCGUGUAAUUUACUCUAAUCUGCCUAGACGUAUCUACUUCAACUUAUUGUCUUCUAAGUCGUUGUCUACUGAAUUCAAGCCUAAGAUUUACGUUGGUCAAAUCUGGAACAGUAUUAUGAUUUCGAUGUACCGUGAACACCUACUUUCAUUGGAGCACCUUAGAGGUUUGUUGUACGAACAGGUUGGAUCUGAGUAUUUUGGAAAACAAACCUUCCAGUCUCCACAUUUUUUCAUGGAAUCAGCUAAAGGAAAGUCGAUAAAGAAUAAGUACUUUCUGGCCACUUCGGAGGCUGAAAGAAGAAUCUCUUUUUUUUCACAGUCGCUUUCUGCGAAUCUGCCUGAGGCUAUGCCAGUUCCUAAAAUGCCUUCUUUCACUGUGCUAAUCCCUCACUAUAGUGAGAAGAUUCUUCUCAGUCUUCGCGAAAUUAUUCGCGAACAAGAUCCCAUGUCCAGAAUUACUCUAUUGGAGUACUUAAAACAACUUUAUCCUAACGAUUGGAAUUGUUUUGUUCAAGAUACAAAGUUGAUGGCUGGUGAACCUAAUCCCAUGGAUAGCAAGCAUGAAUCUAGCCUUGACGGAUCGAAGAAGAAAAGCAAUUUUCUCAAAGAAGAUCUUCCUUUCUACUGCAUCGGUUUUAAGUCAAACGCUCCUGAAUAUACUUUGCGUACUAGAAUUUGGGCUUCUCUUCGCAGUCAGACUUUGUAUCGUACCGCUAGUGGUAUGAUGAAUUAUUCUCGUGCUUUGAAAUUGCUUUAUCGCGUCGAACACCCUGCAUUAUUGGAGGAAUGCAAUGGAAACUUUGAAAGACUCGAGCAUGAAUUGGAGCAGAUGGCUUAUCGUAAGUUCCGUCUUUGUUUGUCCAUGCAACGUUAUUCGAAGUUUACUCGCGAUGAAUAUGAGAAUACUGAAUUUCUUUUGAGAGCUCAUCCUGAAUUGCAAAUUGCAUAUUUGGAUGAAGAUCCCGCUGAGGAUGGUGAAGAGCCAAAGGUUUACGCUACUCUUAUCAACGGUUUCUGUCCUCUGGAAAAUGGUCGCCGUUUGCCAAAAUACCGUAUUCGUCUAUCUGGUAACCCCAUUUUGGGAGACGGUAAAGCUGAUAAUCAAAAUAUGGCUCUUCCAUUUGUUCGAGGUGAAUAUCUUCAAGUCAUUGAUGCUAACCAGGACAACUAUAUUGAAGAAUGCUUAAAAAUCCGCAGUGUCCUCAGCGAAUUUGAAGAGAUGGAUGCAGUUACUACCAAUCCCUACGCUGCCUCCGAGAAGGCUAACUGGCCUGUGGCUAUGGUUGGCUCUCGAGAAUACGUAUUUUCAGAGAACAGCGGUAUUUUGGGUGAUGUUGCUGCUGGUAAGGAGCAAACUUUUGGUACUCUAUUUUCCCGGUCUUUAGCCUUAAUCGGCGGUAAAUUGCACUACGGUCAUCCUGACUUUUUAAAUACAAUCUUUAUGACCACUCGUGGUGGUGUUUCUAAAGGUCAGAAGGGUUUGCACGUCAAUGAGGAUAUUUAUGCUGGUAUGAAUGCUAUGCAGCGUGGUGGACGAAUUAAACACUGCGACUACUUCCAAUGUGGUAAGGGUCGUGAUCUCGGUUUUGGUACUAUUCUUAACUUUACUACCAAGAUUGGUACCGGUAUGGGCGAACAAUCGUUAUCGCGUGAGUACUUCUACUUGGGAACUCAAUUACCGUUUUUCAGAAUGCUUUCAUUUUAUUAUGCACAUGCUGGUUUUCAUCUUAAUAAUGUCUUCAUUAUGUUAUCAAUGCAGUUAUUGAUGAUUGUGUUUGUUAACUUAGGUGCUAUGUACCGUACUGUUCCAAUUUGCGAGUAUCAAGCGAGCGGAGCUGUCAAUCAAGGAUUGUAUCCAAGUGGUUGUUAUAUGUUAAAACCAGUCUUGGAUUGGAUUCGAAGAUGUAUUAUUUCUAUUUUUGUUGUUUUCUUCAUUUCGUUUUUGCCUUUGAUUGUACAUGAUCUUUUAGAAAAGGGAGCCCUUCGUGCCAUCUCUCGUUUGUGUAAACAAAUUAUCUCGUUUUCUCCCAUGUUUGAGGUGUUUGUUACUCAAAAUUAUUCGCAGUCUAUUAUUACUAAUUUGACUUUUGGUGGUGCUCGCUACAUUGCUACUGGACGUGGAUUAGCUACUACUCGUGUGCCUUUCUCAGUUUUGUACUCCAGGUAUACUGGUUCUUCUAUUUACCUGGGUGCUCGUCUAUUGUUGAUGUUGUUUUUUGGUACGAUGACUGUGUGGAGUACUCAUUAUGUCUACUUUUGGUGUACAAUGUUUGCUCUAGUUAUAUGUCCAUUCCUUUACAAUCCUCACCAAUUCUCGUUCGUUGACUUCUUUGUUGAUUAUCGCGAAUUCCUUCGUUGGUUGUCUCGUGGUAAUAGCAAGGGACAUGCUCAUUCCUGGAUCGGCUUCUGCAGAUUGGCUCGUACGAGAAUUACUGGUGUACAGAAGAAGCAAAAGGGGUCACCAUCUAACAAACUCGCAAUGGACACUCCUCGCGCCAGAAUAACAAACCUAUUGUUCACUGAGAUUUUUGUGCCCGCCUUUGUUUGCUUUUUCACUAUCACUGCUUAUACUUUUAUGAACUCCCAACCUGGAUUGGAGGAUGCUUCUCGCUCAGUUAACGGCUUUGUUCGUAUUUGGAUUAUGGCAGCAUUGCCUAUAGCUAUUAGUAUUGCUAUGUUAUUUAUAUCAUUACUUGUGUCAUGUUGCCUCGGCCCCUUGAUGAACAAAUGCUGCAAGCAGUUUGGUGGUUUCAUGGCUGCUAUCUCGCACGGUGUUUGUGUCGUUGGGUUGGUGUUUACCUUUGAAGCUUUAUGGUUCUUGGAAGCAUGGUCACUUUCUAAGACUAUCUUAGGAUGUAUCGUUAUUAUUUCGAUCCACCGAUUCCUUUUCAAGUUGGUAGUUGUAUUCCUUCUUCCACGUGAAGUGUCCGGUGGUGAGACUAACUUUAGCUGGUGGGAUGGAAAAUGGAUCAGCAGGGAUAUUCCCAUGAAACCUAUCCAGUUUGUGCGAGAGUUCUUCUGUAAGAUCAUCGAACUAAAUCUGUUUGCUAUGGACUUUAUGUUGGCACACUGCAUCUUGUUCUGCAUGGUCCCUGUACUCAUAAUUCCUUUCGUGGACAUUCCUCACUCUGUAUUAUUGUUCUGGCUUCAACCAAGUCGUCAAAUCCGUCCUCCUAUCUACACUCGUAAACAAAACCAACUUCGUAGAAGAACAUUUUAUCGCUAUUCACUUUUGUUUACGCUUCUCCUUUUAACUUUUGUUGCAAUGAUUGUGGUACCACUCGUGCUUGAUCAUAAAUUGGGUUACACAUUCAAAUUUGCUAACUCCAAGAAGUUCUUCCGAUUAAUGCAACCUACGAUACGUCAAGUUAUUAUCAACCCUAGUAAGAAUACUACUGACUAGAUGUGACUUGCGUUCAUACAAAUCUUGCAAAAUAUGUUGUUGCUUAAGCUAAAUCUGGAUAAAAGAAGUUAUGGGAUAUGUAUCGUCUGAGUGUGAAUUCUCAGGGUUUUGAAAUUGCAAAUAAUAAUUCCGCUUGAAACGGAAAUAUGCAUAAAAAUCGGGUCAGUUCAGUUCUUUUAUCUCUUUAUCCACAGUCUACCGUCUAGCAUGAAUGAAUGCUGGAAAAACAAAAGUUUGUAUAUGCUCUAUUAUCUAAUGCAAAUUUUAUCUCUCGUUUAUAACGUAAAUAUUAUGGAUACUUAUUUGAUUGCAUUGAUCCGUUGGCGAACGGAUCUUUCUUUCGCUAUAUCUUUUUUCUUUUAUAUUUUUUGCUUUAAGGCCGCCCUUUCUGGUCUAAGUGAUGGGUGACCGCUUGACGUGGCAUCCAGACUCUUGUAAAUAGUCUUCGAUUUCUUAUUUCGUUCUUUUCCUUAUUAAUCAUUAUAUUUUAUUUCGUAGAUUUAUACUCUAUUCUAUUCUAUUCUAUUCUCAAAUGACAUGACUGAUGUUUUUCAUGGUAACUUGCAAGAUCUUCUUAUGUAUAUGAACUAGAC